AGCUGUGAAUGAGAGUGACCUUCAACAAUCAUCUGAGUGCUUUUAUUGCUUUGCUUUCCCCAAAAGGCCCACACACUACACACACUAACACCUCAUUGGGAACCAAAAGAUUUCAAUUUCUAGAGAGAAGGUGGGAAUGACGAAGAAAAGGGGAAGGAUUUACCGUUAAAGGUGGCGCUAAAGGAGGGUUGUAAGCCGAACGAGAAUUGCUCAGCUGAAUAUAGGAAGAGCAAAGGAAAAACCAACAACUAUAACUUUCGUUGCUUGAUUCUGGGCUUGCUUUGUUUUUUUUUUUUUUUAAUUGAUAAUUUCAAUGUGCUUUGUUUAGAGUUGUUUUCUUGUUUUUUUUUUCUCCAUAGAUAGCCGUUUUACGUUUUGUUUGGGCAACUAUUUCAUUCUUUUUUGGGUGUGUGUCUGCGUGUGUGGGGAGAAUAUAAAUUCUGGGGUUGUCUUUUGCUUUUGGGUUUUGUGGUAAUUCUUGGUUUUACUUAGAUCUGUGUGAAAGUGUGGUUUGGAAGUUCGAGUGCAUUAUGUUUUGUUUUCUGGGAUUUGGGUUUUCUUGCAUCUUGGAAAGAGGGGGAGUAUGUAAUUGUACUCUUUCCUAGUAUUUUUUUUUUUUUUUAAACCUUUAGUUAUUUUCUUGAUUUUGGUGUUGGCCUGGUGAUAUUGUUGAAUGAUAAUGGGUUUGGAUUUGGGAUAUCUGAGUGAAAUUUAAUUUGGGCUUUUGUGUCUGUAAAUUCUGCUUUUGUGUGAAGGAUCAUACUUGUGGGGGGAACAGAAUUUGAAAGAAAGAGGAGGGGGUGGGGGUGGGGAGGUUUGUAGAAAAGAGAUGGGUUGCUUUUCUUGCAUGAAUCCUCGGAGGAAGGAUGUGAGGGAUUAUGAUGAAGAUAUGGCCCCAAGAUCCAUUAAUUCUUCAGUCGGCGGGAAGAGAAAGGCAAAUGCCAAUGCUAGUGCGAGUGGGAAGAAUGUGAGAGCAAAGGGCAGGGAAAGCAACUCCCAGAAGGGCAAUGUGGCUCGCAGCUUCACAUUCAAAGAACUUGCAAUGGCGACACAGAAUUUUAGGGAUGCUAAUUUGAUUGGUGAAGGUGGGUUCGGAAGUGUUUUCAAAGGCCGCCUAGAAUCUGGCUUGGUUGUUGCUGUGAAGCAACUUAAUCUUGAAGGGCUUCAAGGGAAUCAAGAAUUCAUAGUGGAGGUUCUGAUGCUAAGUCUGCUGCAUCAUCCCAACCUUGUGAACUUGAUCGGUUAUUGUACUGAUGGAGACCAGAGGCUCCUGGUUUAUGAGUUUAUGCCGAUGGGCAGCCUGGAGAACCAUCUAUUUGAUGUAGAACCUGGUCAGAAGCCCCUGAGCUGGAGCACAAGACUGAAGAUUGCAGUUGGUGCUGCUCGUGGCCUUGAAUAUCUUCACUGCAAAGCAAAUCCACCCGUCAUUUAUCGUGAUCUGAAAUCUUCAAACAUAUUGUUGGACAAUGACUUCAAUGUGAAGCUGUCUGAUUUCGGACUUGCCAAACUGGGACCCGUUGGCGACAACACUCAUGUUUCAACGCGAGUGAUGGGAACAUAUGGUUAUUGUGCCCCAGAAUAUGCCAUGAGCGGUAAGUUGACUCUAAAGUCUGACAUAUAUAGCUUUGGUGUGGUUAUGUUGGAGCUGAUUACUGGACGUAAGGCCAUUGACUGCACUAGGAUGCCAGGAGAGCAGAACCUUGUUGCAUGGUCUCGCCCUUUUCUAAAGGACCGGAGGAAAUUUGUCCAGAUGGUGGACCCUCUACUUGAAGGGCGCUUCUCAGUCCGGAGUCUGCACCAUGCUAUUGCAAUUACUGCAAUGUGUCUUCAAGAACAAGCAAGCUUCCGCCCCCUUAUCAGUGAUAUCGUUAUGGCACUUGAAUACUUAGCUUCUCAAGCAGAGGAAAAAGGGAGAUCUCACAGUCGCACAUCAUCAUCACCAUCUCAGCUGGACGUUAAAGUUGAUUCUAAAAGACAAGAUGUUGAAAAUGCAUCAAGUUGAAGCUGAACAUCAAUACAACUGUUUGCUGUGUUAGUGGUAGCAAAUGGAACUUGGGAUGCUUAGUUUUGUAAGGUUGGCAUUAAUGAAAAAGUUGAGCAUGCAGCAUCCAUGAGCAUGAGUGAGAGGUAAGCAGAGGUGUGUGUGGGUCAGUGAUUCCCAUAUUUAUUCAGCAUCCAAAAGAUGUGAAGGUGUUUUUGAUGUUAUCUUUGUUGCUAGCCAAGAUAUAUCCACAAGUCCUGUCAUCUUUUGUAGCUACAUACUGUAAAUAAUUGUUGUUAACACGCUUUCUUUUUUUACUUUAAAGUUGUGUGUUUCUUUCUUCUUUUCUUGGCA